AUGAAAUGCACGGAGCCUAAUUUCUUAUCAAUUAGAGAAAAAUCGUGUUUCCAGCUUGAUGAUGGUCAAUUUAUUGUAAAAAUUGGGCUAAUGAAUAAUCUAAAUUAUCUACUUGAUUUCUUAAAACAGCAGCAACAAAAGAAAAUAAUGGAAAAUAGUUAUGUUGACUCAAAUGUUAGUUUAUCAUUCGAUUUUAUCAAUAAACAUCCAUUGUUAAAAACCUUGAUUCUUUGGUAUCAACAAGUUGGUAAUGAUGAUAUUAAUAAUAAAGAUAAGCAUGGAUUUUUAAAAGAUUUUAUUGAUACGAUUACUAAUAAUCUGACAAAGUCGAGCAGUCGUUUUCGAUAUAGCGACACAAUCAAGAACUUUGCUCUAUCAUUAUAUAUUUUAGGUGGAAAAUUAACAUAUGAAUUCAUUCGAUUAAAUUUACCAGGCUCUUUACCAAAUUUAACUAUGUUAAAUACAUUAAUUUCGACUUCAAAUGCAAAAAUUAGUGAAGCAGAAUUUCGAUUCGACCAACUUCAAAAACAUUUUGAUGAUCUUAAUGUUCAAUAUGCAUUCGGCUCAGAAGAUGCUACCAGUAUAAUUAAAAAGAUAAAAUAUGAUUCAACAACAAAUACAUUCAAUGGAUUUGCUACACCACUUGAUCAUGGAGUACCAAUUAAAGAAUAUUAUCAAACUGAUUCAUUUGAUAAAUUGAAAUUAUGGUUUAAUUCAAAUGAUAAAUCAUCUUUACUAAAUGUCCACAUGAUCCAACCAGUACAAUCCAUAAAUCAAACCAUUAUUCCAAGUCCUUUUUUAUUAUCAGCAUAUGGAAUUGAUAACACAGCUACAGCGAAUGACGUAUUACAAAGAUGGUGGUAUAUAUUCAACCAGUGUUUACAAAGAAAUAUAAGAAUUAUUGGUUUUUCUACUGAUGCUGAUGCUAAAUAUGUACGUGCUAUGCGAUUAAUGAGUGGAUUUUUUGCAUCUCUUCCAAAUUUUCCAGUUCAUCAACAUCAACAAGCUUUUACAGUAAAAUUAAAAUCACGUUGGCCUUGGUUUUUUUUACGCGAACAACAACUAUUAUUAUUUUUUCAAGAUGCGACACAUCUAGCUACGAAAUGGCGUAAUCGUUUAUUAUCGUCUACAGCUGAAUUACGUCUUGAUACUACCGGUGUAAUUAAAAAGAUAAAGUAUGACUCAACAACAAAUACAUUCAAUGGCUUUUCUACACCACUUGAUCAUGGAAUACCGAUUAAAGAAUAUUUUCGAACAGAUUCAUAUGAUACAUUGAAAUUGUGGUUUAAUUCAAUCGAUAAAUCAUCUCUCCUGAAUGUACAUAUGAUUCAACCAGUACAAUCCUCAAAACAAAGCAGUAUUCCAAGUCCCUUUUUAUUAUCGGCAUAUGGAAUUGAUAACACUGCUACAGCGAAUGAUAUAUUACAAAGAUGGUGGUAUAUAUUUAAUCAGUGUUUACAAAGAAAUAUAAGAAUUAUUGGUUUUUCCACUGAUGCAGAUGCUAAAUAUUUACGGGCCAUGAGACUGAUGAGUGGAUUCUUUGCAUCUCUUCCUAAUUUUCAAGUUCAUCAACAUCCACAGGCUUUUCAAAUAAAAAAAACAUCAAAUUGGCCUUGGUUUUAUUUACGUGAACAACAAUUAUUAUUAUUUUUCCAAGAUGCAACACAUCUUGUUACAAAAUGGCGUAAUCGUCUAUUAUCAUCAACAGCUGAAUUACGUCUUGGCAAGCAAUUAAUAUCAAUCAAUCAUUUGUAUGAUAUUAUUGAUAAUGAAACUUAUACAAAACUUGAUCAUGGCUUAACGAAAUCCGAUGUUAAUCCUAAAGAUCGACAAAACUUUAGUUCCUGUUUAAAAUUAACAUCGACUGAUCUAUUUAAAAUUUUAAAUAAUAAUGUUGCUACUCGUGGAACAUUGAUUUAUCUUCAAAUAUUAAAAUUAAUUGUUGUGGCUUUUAUUGAGAAAAAAACACCUGUUGCUGAACGUAAGUGUAUACAUAUUUACCAUGUUCAUUGGCUUCGAUCUGCUUGGUGUGUCGUAUUUUUCUGUCGAUUAUGGUUUACAUGGGUUAAAUUGAAAACAUUCGAUCCAGCACAAUCGAAAGAUAGAAACAAAAGCAAAUAUUUUAUUACUCGGCCAGCAUAUUUAUCUGUAGAAAUAAAUGGACAUAAUCUAUUAUAUUUAAUUUUACUUGUUAAACAAAAACAGCUACCAGUACAUGCAUUACAUAUACAUACCUUUAGCUCACAACCUUGUGAAUCAAUUUUUAGAAACACUCGUGCAUUAAGUGGAGUUUAUUCAACUAUUGUCAACUUCACAGUACAUGAUUUUUUACGACGUGCUCAAAGAUUAUCAUUAUUAAAUGAUAUUAAAUUUAAACAGUCAAAUGAUAUAUUAGUUAAUAAUUUCGUAUUUCCAGUUCAUCACAAACAUCGACAUGAUCAUCAAUCAUCAUUUACACCAAGUCAACGGGAGAUUGAUGAGAUAGAUAUUGAACAAAUUAUUACUGAAGCUUACCAUAAAGCUAUUGAUAUGCUUGAUGGUUUAGAAAUUUUGAAUUUGCUGGAAAAAAAACGUGUACUUGGAUUAGAUUUAUUAAAUGAAUAUGUAUUUAAAGAGUUAAAUUCAAAUUCAAAAAUGUAUGACUAUUCAUCUCAAUUAAGCAACAUGGAAGAGGAAGAAUUUGAAAUAUCUGAUGAUGAUGAUGAUGAUGAUGAUGAUGAUGAUGAUGAAACGACAGAUGGUCUCAACUUAGAUAAUAACAGUAGUGAUAACGAUUCCUCUGAUGAUGAUAACACUGACGAUGACGAGCAGCAUGAUACUCACAAUUUAAUAAAUACGACAAAAAAAGACUUUGUUGGAACAAAAGUCUUUGAUACAAUCGAAUCUCAUAAAAAACAUUCUUAUUUUACAGUAGCAAUUAAUGAUGAUACAAAAUAUAUACAUAAACAAACUGCUUGCUGGUUGUUGACUGGUGAAAACAUUACGAAAUGGCGUAGUCGUUUAUUAUCAUCAACAGCUGAAUUACGUCUUGAUGAUCAACCUAUAUCAAUUAAUCAUUUAUAUGACAUUAUCAAUAAUGAAAACUACACUAAACUUGAUCAUGGCUUGACAAAAUCUGAUAUAAACCCUAAAGAUCGUCAAAAUUUUAGUUCCCGUUUGAAAUUAGUAUCCGCUGAUGUAUUUGAAAUUUGA